UCGCAUCCGAAGUCGAGCGCGCGCGUUGCAUCAAUAAGCUGAUCCCGCGAGCUGCCUUUCCAGAUCCGGUCCCGAAGCUGCGCCGGUGCCGUCAAUUCGCUCAGCAUGGCUGCCCGGACAGCUCUCAGAAGGGCGCUCCGUCCCGUGCGGAACGCCGUCACGCACCCCGCCCAACAAGUACAUUUUACACGGCCCUUUUCGACAACCGUUCCCUCCCUUGCCGCGAGUUCCUCCCCGUCCUCGGCAACCCCCGAAUAUGCGAUCCCCGACCCGUCCAGGCCAACACACUUUGGCUUCCAGACGGUAACGGAAGGCGAGAAGAGGGAGCGGGUGGCCGGCGUGUUCACGAGCGUCGCCGAGUCAUACGAUCGCAUGAAUGAUCUGAUGUCCUUUGGUUGGCACCGGGUGUGGAAAGACCAUUUUGUCGCCUCCCUCAACCCGGGCUUCUCCCCCCUCACCAGCGACGGGGACCCCCGCGGGCCGCAACACAUCCUCGACGUCGCCGGCGGCACCGGCGACAUCGCCUUCCGCAUGCUGCACACGGCCCACGUGCUCAACGGCAACCCGUCCGUGCGGGUGACCAUGUCGGACAUCAACCGGGCCAUGCUCACGGUGGGCAAGCAGCGCUCGGCCCAGCUCCCGGCCUCGCAGCGAGCGGCCCUCUCCUUUGUCGAGGCCAACGCCGAGGACCUCAGCCGAACCCGGCCGCUGCACCCGUACCCGUCCCCCUCGGAGCCGACGACGCACGACAGCCAGACGCAGAAGCCCGAGCAGGCCUUCUUCGACCCGGCCACCGCGACCGGCUCCAUCCCGGAUUCGAGCGUCGACCUCUACACGGUCGCCUUCGGCAUCCGCAACUUCAGCAACAUCCCCGCCGCCCUGCGCGAGGCCCGCCGCGUGCUCAAGCCCGGCGGCGUCUUCGCCUGUCUCGAGUUCAGCAAGGCCGACAAGCACCCGCUCUUCAACAGCCUGUACAAGGAGUGGUCCUUUCGCGCCAUCCCCCUCAUCGGCCAGCUCGUCGCCGCCGACCGCGACAGCUACCAGUACCUCGUCGAGAGCAUCGAGCGCUUCCCGAGCCAGACCGAGUUCCGCGACAUGAUCGUCGACGCCGGCUUCGUCGUCGCCGGCGAAGGCUACGAGGACCUCACCGGCGGCGUGGCCGCCAUUCAUAAGGGCAUGAAGCCCCGGGAUUGAUCUCCUACUUGUCUACCUCAAUGGUCCGGCAAUUAAAAGAAAAAUAAAUAACUUGAUAUCAACAAUAAUAAACAAAACCAAGCCGGUUCGAAAGAAAGGGGAGGCGGAGAGGAGGGUUGGGCCCGCGGGGG